GCGCCUUGCGGUAUUCUACCAUUUUAAUCUUGCUGGGCCGGCAGCGUGCGUGAAAACUACUAUCACUGAAAGUCAGCCUUGUUUCGUUGUCUUCAACGAAUAUGCCUACUUAAAGCAGGCAGUCGCGACUGUCCGCUUAUUAGUGUGAAUCUUUGUCUUUCGGUGUGCACAAAUAAAAUUCUGGAUCUCAAACGAUCCUUUGUGAUCCACCUUGUGCUCCUUCCUCCAUCAACUUGUUCUCAAACCAUCGCUUCUUCGGCCCAAUUUAUGUCAAUAGGUGCUAAAAACGAAAAGGGGUGUAUUUUCUUUAACUUUUCUGCGGCCAGUGGAUAGGAAAAAGAUACUUCAAGAUGAACAAAGUGGAUUACAUGGAGGUCACUGUACCUAACUACUCAUAUGUCUUCAACUUUGAAGAAACAUUCAUUCAUAUGGAUACUAAGAUAUGGAUGACAAAGAAUUGGACAAAUUGUUUCUAUUAUUGUGGCAUUUAUAUGAUCCUCAUUUUUGGAGGACAACAUUACAUGUCAAAUAGACCAAAGUUUGAACUAAGAGGCAUGCUUGCAUUAUGGAACACGCUGCUUGCAACAUUUUCCAUUAUUGGAUUUACUAGGACAGCACCAGAAUUGAUUCACGUAUUAAGGCAUUAUGGGUUUUACCAUAGUGUUUGUAUACCUAGUUUUAUUGAACAAGACUGUGUGUCUGGUUUCUGGACAUGGAUGUUUGUUCUGUCAAAGCUUCCAGAGCUUGGCGACACAAUCUUCAUUGUGUUACGGAAACAGCCAUUGAUCUUUCUACAUUGGUACCAUCAUAUAACGGUCCUUCUUUACUCAUGGUUCUCAUAUUCAGAAUAUACAGCAUCAGCCAGAUGGUUUGUUGUAAUGAACUACUUUGUUCAUUCCAUAAUGUAUACUUAUUACGCUUUGAAAGCAAUGCGAUAUAGACCACCAAAGGGGAUCGCCAUGCUGAUCACUACAUUACAGUUAGCACAAAUGGUUAUUGGUUGCAUUAUAAAUAUUUCGGCUCACCAAUACCUAGAGAGUGGCCAAAUUGAUUGCCACAUUACGCGCGUCAACGUCAAACUUAGUUUGCUCAUGUACUUUAGUUAUUUUGUUCUCUUUGCUAAAUUCUUCCAAAAGAGUUAUCUAUCUAAAUCUAACAAUAAAGUAGGAAAGAAGGUUUACGCCAAUGGAACAGAAGAGUAUGACAAGCUCAAGGCUAACUAAAGCACACUAAGAUUUUUGAAAACUUUUUCUAGAGACGCUUUCCAGUAGCAUUUCUUGAAAACGCUUCCCAAAGAAUCUUUUUUCAAAGGCAUUACGGAAAUGCAUUUCAAGAAAUGCACCUUUGGAAAUUUUGUUCUUUUUUUUUUUUGUUUUUAGAAAUCUCUUAAUUUAAAGUUGUAAAAGUUGGUCGUUUGCGGUAAGAUGAACGUGGUUAUCAAAGAUGAAAAUUACUUGAAGAUAUAGCACACUGAAUUUUACAAUAAUAUUAUAUGUUGCACACUGACUUUAGUAAUAAAUUUCAUGAUGACCUAUUUAACGCGUUUGACGUUAAAUAUGUUAUUACAGAAUUAAUAUGGAGCUUGUUAGAGGCAUGUCUUGAAACUCUUUUCUAUGGAAACGGUUUCUAAAGAAAUUUCUUGAUAAACCUUUUCUUCGUAAUUGUUCUUUACGAAGUUAACAAAAGAUAGGGAUGGAACGAGGAUGGAAGCAUAUUUAAAAACCAUAAUAAAAUAACGUUUAAUGUCGAACUAUUUAGCAAUUGAAAAAGAUAUUGAACGUAGUAAGACAACAAACUCGACAUAUUUUUAUCAAAUUCAAUAUGUUUACGUUGUUCUUUUUUUCCCACGUCGUCUAAUCAAAUUUGUAAUUUUAUAAUAAAGUAAAAGGAAGGAAAAGAAAAGCAAAGAAUUGUUUCCAAAUCUCGUUCCGUCGGAAUAAUGAUAAAAGAAAAAAAGAGAAAGAAAUCGAGAAUGAAAUUUCAUUAGGCCUACCUCCAAAAUGAGCUAAGAUAUUCUUCGUAGAAAAUAGUAAAACAAGACGAUAGAUAAUAAUUGAAAAACGAAAUUGUAAUCCUAAUUCAUGACCAUUUAAGAAAGAAAAGAAAAUAAUAAAAGAAACAAAAGGGUUUAUAUUUACUAUUUUGUGCUGCUAGGGAGUAAUAAAACGGGCAGCUUGCCGACGUCCUCUAACUUUCAAAAUGGCCAGCCUUACAAAAAGCGUUUACUUUAUUCAUUUCUAAAUAUUUACAUCGCAUAAUUUGUUUUAUAUGAAACUUUUGUAUAAAUUGUCAUUUAUGUGUAUUCAUUUAUUUAAGUUGUCUAUAAUAAAAACACUUCUGUCUAAA